AGUCCAAACUUAUUUAUGUUUAGGAUUGAUACCUAGCUUAAUGUGUGAUAGUUUUGUUUAUGGUAUGUUUUAUGAUUUGUAUGUGUACUAUUUUAGUUGUGAAUUCUUUUGUAAGUUUGAAGAGAUGUUAAUCAAAAGGAUUUCGUAAAUAUGUUUAUGUUUUGCCAAAAGUACUUGAUAUUAUUGAAGUCAUUGAUACAACAUACCAAGAAUUUUUUUUAACCAUUCUACCCACUCAACUAAACAAAAAAAAAGAAUCAAAUUUACUAAAACUAAGAGAAAAAACUUCUCAAGAAAACUUAGUCAAAUUCAGAAAAGAUCAAAAUUGAAUUUUAGGUGAAAGAUGAAAUUUUAAAUAUCAUGAAAGUUAUAAAAUUAUAUCUUAUGAUCUAAAAGACACAUUAAGCCACAUGCCUUAAUAUUUUUGAAGUUACUUAACACUUUUGAAAGUUAAAGAACAUACCUUGAAGUUAUUUAACCCUCUUGAAAAUCUAACGUCCAAAAGUCUUAAGAAAUCUUCUCGAAUUAGCUAGAAACAGUAGUAAACAUGAAUAUUUGAAAUUUCAUAAUUAUAACCAAAUUAGUUAUGAAUUUCAUAAUUAACUACAUGACGUAUAUGUUAUGCAUGAUAACAUCUUUCAACUUAAUGGUGUUAUAUAGUUAACAUCACGAGCUUAAUUUUAUUAAUCCAAGAAGUGACGUGGACGUUGGAGACGUUAACUCCGUUUAAUUCUCCUGUUGACCAAUUAAAAUCUGACCGACCUGACCGUAAUUUAACUAAAGUAUGACCCAAUUCAGCCUAAUAAAACAAAAUGAAAUCUUGCCACAAAUUUUGAAAUUGGCACAAAUAUUUUUAAUAAUAUCGGGGACGUCGUCUCUCUGUCGUAACAAAGGGGAAAACUCGAAGAAAUUAGGUUUUCAAUUCAAAUCAGUGAGAGAUAAAGGAAUUGUGAAAUUGUGUGGGGUUAUUGACCAAAAUUUUGAGAGAGAUGAGUUACUCGAUUUCGGGGUCGAUUAACUUCUCUCUCUAUAUUUUGGUCAAUAACCCACACAGUUUCACCAAUUUCCUUUCUCUCUCACUAUUCGAAUCAAAACACUAAUUUUCCCCCUUUGUCAUGACGGAUCGAAUUUUAGUUAAAUUACAGUCGGGUGGGCCGGAUUUUAAUUUAUCAAACAUGAGAAUUAAAAAGAGUUAAUUUUCCAACGUCCAUGUCACUCUUUGGAUUAAUGAAGUUAAGUUUGUAAUGUUAACUACAUAACAUUACUAAGUUGGGAAAUGUUGUCAUGAAUAUCAUUUACAUUAGUUUAAUAUGCAUGGCUUGUCAUGUGGUGGUCAAGAAUAAAUGUUGAAAGGAUAAACUGAUUAACUGUAAUAACUAAAAACUAAACAGAUGUCAAAAAUAUAAGGUAUGUACCAAAUGUUCAAUUACAAAGUAUUUGGAAUAAAAAUGUUAUAGUAUUAAUAUCUUUUAAUGUUUGUUAGAUAUUGUAAUAUAUUUAGCUUGUAUAAAUGAAAGUAAUUUUUGUAAGGAUUAAAAAUCACGGUUGCUGCAGUAGCAUAAUUAGAAUAAAUAAUUUAACCUAUAAAUUUUAAAAUUAAAAUAUGCUGGCGUAGAAAAUACAUCCAUAUAAGUUACUUAAAUUAGAGAAUUAUUUUUAAGAUAAAAUGAUACUGUUAACAUAAACAUUGAUGACAAGGAAAAUUGUUUAGCCGAGAACUAUAUAUAAAUAUAUGUGUUGAGAUCUUAUCUCCCCAAACAUUUCAUUUUCUGAAAGAACUCUUAGUUAUAAAAGUAAAGCUUUACAAGUUUAGUAAAAUGGAUCCCAAUAUGAUGAUAGAAAAAGUAUUAACAGACUCCGAUCUGUCUGUAAAUGGUUGGUUGAUUUUACCAAAAAAUAAGAUGGAGAACAUAGAAAAGAACAUGGGAUUUCCGAUGCCCCGUAAUGGUGUUCAAGUGAAAAUUCUGGACAAUGACAAAUCCUAUUGGGUAAACCUUAACAAACACAAAUCUACUUAUCAUAUCGGAUCUGGGUGGAAAAAAAUCAGAGAUGACAGAGGUCUCAAAACAGGCGAUAUCAUCCAGUUAUAUUGGAAAUCUACCAAAUUCCUUUUCUCUAUGUGCUCAUCGCCUAAAGAAGAACAAGCAUGUCAAAAAGGAGAGAGUAGCUCCUCUAAUAAAACAAUGGGAGAACGAUAAAUCAUGCAAAAUAAAUGGUGUCAGAUCAACAUAACAAAGUUGAAUGAAGAGUAUAAUAAACUUCAUAUAAGUAUAAAUAAUAAUUGCGAUAUAAAUACAGUAUUAUAAUAAUGAUUUCGAUAUAAAUAUAAUUUACUACAUAUACUAUGGGGUAUAAUGUAUGCUAAUUCAUGUCAAGUAUAUUGAAACCAAAACUACAAUCAUAACUCAACGAUCAAAAACUCAAGAACUCAAAGCUCAAACUCUUUAUUGCUUUAGAAAUCUUAUCUCAGAAAUUAAAACCCACAACUCAUAAGUUGUACCACAUCAUGGAACUUCCUUAUAUAUCUAUUAUAAUUUUAUAAACUCAUUAAGUAAAACAUAAGUGGAUAACUCUAAAACACUUCUUCCUAAUCCUAAACUCAUUAGGAUAACUUAUGUUAGCUUCAUGCUUAAUUAACCAUUCUUCCCCUUAAGAUUGAAAUCACCAUUCUUCACUUUUUGAACUCCAUAACUUAUUUGGUGAUAAUUACGAGAUUUUAAAUAUUCAUGUUUACUGAUGUUUUUAGCUAAUUUGAGAAUAUUUCUUAAGAAGUCUAGACCAAAUGUCCCAGUGGCACAUCCCAGAAUGACAGUUAGCGACUUUAUAAAUGGAAAUGCAAAGGAAUGGGACGAGGAAAUGCUCGAGAACUUUGUUGCGUGAGAGGAUAUUCCAUUGAUUAAGAGUCUGGCCAUAAACAGAUUUUUACAAAGGGAUACUUUUUGUUGGAGCUACACCAAGAGUGGUAGGUACAAAAGUCAUGGUAUUGGGUUGCAAGAGACAUACUUAAGGAGCAGGAAGAUGUUUCUUAUACGUAGCCAAGCAUUACGAAACUACAGGCCUUUCCCUGGAAGAUAAAUGCUCCUCAGAACAUUCAGCAUCUUAUAUGGCAACUAAUCACAGGCCACGUUGCACUCACGAGGAAUUUAAAACAUUGUCAUAUGCGAUGUGAUAAUAUUUGCCGCGAUGUGGGUUCCAGAUGAGUCGUCAGUAACUCACACGAUCUUUGAAUGCCCACCGGCACUUCAAGCAUGGGUACUAGCAGCCACUCUAUCUCAUACAAAUAUCUUCCCCGUUUCCAGCAUAUAGAAAAAUAUGAAUUCUUUUUUAGCGAAUGAAUACUAUCGAGGAUCUGGAAAUGGACAGGGAUCCAUAUCCAUGGAUAAUUUGGUACCUUUGAAAAGCGAGAAAUGAUAAGCUAUUUAAAGGAAUCGACAGAGACCCAUUGGAGUUGAUAAGAUAUUCUGAAGGAAAAGGUCAAGAAUGGUUUACUGCUAAUGCAGUAACCACAACUUCACAGCUUGAGACUAUGAUACCGCCUCAAGUCUUACGCUUAUAGAGUAUUUGCUUGGCCGAUGGUUCUUGGACCUCUUCCAUAUACAGUGGAUGUGGAUAGACAUGGAUUGAUGGUGAUGGACGGACACAGAUCAUUGGUAGAAGAAAUAUAAGACAAAUAGAUAUUCUAUUGCAUACAGAGUUAGAAGCGCUUCGAUGGGCUGUGGAUAACAUGAUGCAUUAUUCGACGUGUCAAUGCUUUGUACAGAUUGCAAAGAGGUAAUAACAAUGGUAAAGGAUCUUGAGUCAUGGCUGCUGAGCUUCUCAGUGGAGUAAUUCAAGACUUCAAGAGCAGGAUUAAAGAAUUCAAGAUCAUCUAUAUCCCAAGUGGACAUAACAGAAUAGAUCACUUAGGUAGGACAGUGAGAUACUUUCAUAGGAACAUUUUGUUUUUGUUGGCUAUUUUAUUCUGAUUUGAUUAUUCAUACCAACUCAAGUAUGAGUAAUAGAAUGUCUUUUUGUUGUAAAAAACAAGUUUAGUCAUAAAUUAAAUAUAAUUUCUUAUAGUAUUAUAUUAUCACAGAGGAUAAAAGAGGUCAUCCAUAAAGUUAUUGUUCUAUUUAUCACAGAGGACAUUAACUAAAGGCGACUCACAUAACUAAGCAUCUUAACAGCUCAUGAUUUAAAUAUAAUACCAAGCUUACGAAGUAAAGGUUCAUAUUCAAAGAUUCUAAACUUCCUAUGCAUCAAUGGCAGACCAAGGUACCUAAUUGGCAGCUUUCCAAAACGAUAAUCAUACCUUGCUAUUUUGGUUGUCUCAGAUUAUUUUAGACCCACCAAGAAUAGCUCAGAUUUGUCUCUAUUUACAUGGAGACCAGGCCAGCCUGCAAGAUAAUCAAGCAUUUCUGUGAUGGCAUGGAGAGAAGUAUACCCACCAUCAGAAAAAGAUCAUCACGUCAUCAGAAAAACAUCGAGUGUGAUGACCCAGUUUCUAAAGCUUUUGGAUCAUACGUGAUAUACCCAGAAUUAAACUUCGAAUACAACAGAUGAGAGAAAACCUCCAUUGCCAACACAAAGAGGUACAUAAAUACCAUUAACUGCAAUUGAGAAGGUUGGUGGGGUUAUGCAUUCAGAAAUCCAACUGAUGUAUGUUUUUGGAAAGUCUAUAGCUCAAAGAUUGGAUAGAAUGAAGUCCCAUCUUAUUGAGUUAAAUAACUUUCUCAAAUCCACUUUUAGCAUUUCUCUCUUGGUUAUAUUUCUCAUGUUGUACCCAUGGACCAUUUCAAUAGUAAAGAGCACAUUCUCAGCUAAUAAUCUUCCUUUUAUAAAAGCAGAAUGAAAAGGCGAUAUUACUUGAACCAGAAUCUCUUGAAGUCUCUUAAUCAACAGCUUGGAAAUUACUUUGUAGAGAAUAUUAACGCAAGAAAUGGGUUUGAACUCAGUAUCCAGUUCCGCAUUUUUGACCUUGGAGACUAAUAUCAAUGAUGUAGAAUUCCACUAUUUGAGCAUAGAACCUGAUUUGAAGAAAUCAAGGAUCGCGUCCGUUGCUUCAGAGCCGACAAUACUCCAAGCGCCAGUGAAAAACUCUGCAUAGUAGUUAUCCGAGCCACUUGUUUUAUUUCUUGCUAAUGCUAAAAAGCAUCCUUGAUAUCCUGCCUCGAGAAGUACUUUGUUAACGUAUCUUUCUGGAUUUCAGAACAAUGAUAAGGCAUGAAAAGGGACAAAUCUGCAGCAUCUUACAAAGGAGGUGUCUGAUUCUCAGCCAUUAUCUUGGUGAGUGUUGAAGAAAAAGGUCCAAGAUCCAUGACUGAGUUUCCACACGGCUAUUGUUGUCGUCUAUCAAGUAAUGAAUAUGGUUAAUCGAUUUCCUCGUUGCAUUAAUGAGCCUGUGAUAGCAAGCUGUAUUGCUGUCACCCCAUUGUAUCUUAGUUAUAUGAGAUAUCUUGAACAGGAAAAACUCUUCAGUUUUUGCUAGAAUCAAUUAAGAUUCAUGCGCUUCUGCCUCAAGAGAGGUAGAAUUAGAAAGUACUUUUCUGGAGAUGAAGAUGCUCAUGUGCUUCCUGCUCAGGUGAAUUUUGUUAUUAAGCUCCAAACACAGACGCAUGCUAAGCCACAAGACACCAACCCGUUCUAAACCAUCAAAGGACAAGUAACUUUUUCCUUCUUCAGAACAAGGUAUAACACCAACCAUAAAAGAUGGAAGAUAAUGAAAACAAAAUUUCAAAGAAAUACUAUAAGAAAUCCAUCAGAAAUUUUACUGUCAACUGUCAUUAUUUUAUCGGCUAAGAUUAUUUUAUCAUUUAAAAUUUACUUACUUGAUCUAUUUAUAUCAACAAAUAUUAUUUAUUAUACCCUUUUAAGUAUCUAACGCGUUGGGCCUGCUCUUGGUUCCGGUAUAUCAAUUGGACUUCCUCUAUGGAUCUAUGCCGCUGAAUCGAUUGUUUUUCAUUGUCCUUCAGAGCUAGGGGUGGGCGUUUGGGUACCCGUUCGGGUACCCGUUCGGGUUCGGAUCGGAUAUUUCAUAUUUUCGAGUAUUUUGGUAUAGAAGUAUAGAACCCGUUCAGGUAUUUCUACACUUUGGGUCGGGUUCGGAUAAUUUAUGUUCGGGUUCGGAUAUUUCGGGUCGGGUUCAGAUAUUUAAAGUUUGAAUAAAAAUAAAUAAAGUAUUCACUGUUAAGUUUUUUGUAUUUAAAAUAUACUUUAACUUAACUGGUUUUCUAAUUUUUAAUAGAUUAAACUAUUAAUAGGUUUGGAGAUAAGACUUUAAAAAUAGAAAGAUACUAAUUUAGUCAUGGUUUUGAAAAUUUGGAUGCAACUUUUGUUAACACAAGAAACAAGUGUUUGAUAUGUAUUUUAAGUGAGUAGCAAAUGAUUUUGUCUUUUUUUGUAACACAAAUUUCAUUAAAUAAAGUCUAAGGCACGAUUACAACCGGAGCUAUGCUCGACAGCAAGAUGAACAACAAAAGUAGUAGAACAAUAUAACUUGGGAUAUAAGUGUUUCAAGGAGAUACUUGCUCAAAGUAGAGAGAUCUGCAUAUAAUCUUCACUUGUAUCCUUGAACCCACAACUCGAAAGGUGCUUCAAAUAGCCUGAAACGACGUUGAAAUACCCUGGGGAAAGGGUUCUAAAGAGGGGUGAGAAGCCGAUUGAGGCUAAAGAACCCAUCAAACAAAUGAGAUCAGCUCUAAAACCGAUUAUAUUGACCCGGGAGAUUAGGUGAAUCUCAAUUGACCCGGAAAGCAACAUUAUCGGCAAGCAAGAUGGUGAGGCAAUUGAACUUAUUUUCUUCUCCAAAACCAUUGUUGAAUUUUGCACUGACCCGAACAGAAUGGUUGGCAUAGUCAGAGGAGUUGUCGGACGGAACCGUGGAAUAGAUACCAUAGACGCCUACAAUUGGAAAUAGGAUUCCAGUAUAGCUGUAAUGGAUGAAAAACGAUUGGACUUAAAUUAAGUACAACAUCACAUUUUUGGGCGAGGUGAACCCUAUAUACUAAAUCCAGACGACGGCGAGGUGAGACAAUACUCUUGACUAUUAUCCAUGGGGGAAGCGAACUGAGAUCCAACUAAGAAAAAGAACUCCGAUAUUACCGUAUUGGGAUCCAUAGUUCUCAUCAAGACCUGAGCUAGACCACAAGUCCAUUACAACACAAUGAAAGCUCACAUCAAAAGAUCUGUUGGGAUUAAGCUCAGAAACGGCGGCGGAGCUGCAUAGUCCAGUUGGUGAGGGUUCGCUGGUGCGACGGUGAGGCUUCUGUUCUGGCCUUUCGUCUGAAGAAGACACAAAUUGUCGCGGUGAAGAGAGGUCUCCUCGUUAGGGUUUGACACGAACCAGAGGAGAAACGCUAAACCGAGGAAGCGGAGGCUUAGUGGCGGUGGAUAGCCGAGUAGAUCCAGUGAGCAUGCACUCAGAUUGAGCAGAUCCGGUGGUGACAAAGAGAGCAGCGAAAUUGACAGAACAGACCGUCUCCGUCAUGAGCGGCGAAGAAAUGUGAUUCUUUCCUGAAAAGCUUGCAGCGGGAUUUGAAACCAGGAAACAGAGAACGGAGGUGAUUGAAGAAUUCAAUGAGUUCAGAAACAGGAUGAAGAGUCUCGAGGGAUACUCUAUCCGACUGCAGCUCCGUCGAGACACCAUGGAGUCACGCCUCCAAGAAGAACGGAACACAGACAGCAGAAGAAAAAGGAGAUAAAACACGAGACUGAAGAAGAUAAAUCGAAAAUGUGACAAUAGGUCCCGACGCCGGUGAGCACGAGCUCUUCCGGUGCCAGAGAAAAGUGGAGAACGAGUAACCUCGAUAGUCGUGCUUGGAAAAAAAGCAGCUAGGACAAACUCGUUUUUGCUAUGAUUUUGUCUAUAAUUAUAUGUAUAUUGUCAGAUUUUGAGCAAUGUGCAUCAUUAAUAUAAAUAUUUUAAAUAAAAUAAGAGAAGUAACUUAAAAAUAUAGAAUUAAGUAUACAUAUGUACAGUUGUCUUCGGAUAUCCAUUCGGGUUCGGAUCAGAGGCAACCCAGAAGUUUAGAAAACAUGGGGCACAAAAUGUUAUAAAUAGUUAGUAUAAGGAUAUCUAAAGUAAAAGUGUGGGGCACAUAAUGCAAUAACAAAUUAGAUUAAAGAUAUUUAACAAAUUUUGUACCAAAACACUUUAAAAAAAAAUUAGAGUGGGGCUCAUGCCACACCCUUUUCUUACCUCCGUCCGCCUCUGGUUCGGAUAUUACUCGUUCGGAUUCGGAUAUUCAAUCUCUCAUAAUUUAAUACAUGUUCGGGUAUAUUGCUAUUUUGGUUCGGUUUUUUCGGAUCGGGUUCGGAUACUGGUUCGGGUAUCUGAUAAAAUGCCCAGCAUAUCUUUUUUUUGUAUUUAAAAUACUGUGGAACGGUAUCGUCUUUAUUCGAACGUUGUCAUCUCGAGCAAGAUCUCAAAUCUCUAUUGUCAUCGUCGUGGCCGCUACCACUAUAGAUUAUAUUUGUUCACUUACUUAUUUCUGCGUGUCUCUUUUUUUCUUGCUUAACAUUUGAGAUGUCUUAUUUUGUUUCACGUGGGUUAAAGGUUCUCAUUUUUUGAAAGUUUAUUUGGCCUCUAAUAUGCACGAUCCUGGAUUCCUGAUCCGGGUGACAAUAAAUAGAUUUUCUUACUAAAACAGUAUUAAAGCCAAAUACAUCGUGAGAAGUUACUUUUGAAUUAUAUGAUUAAUCAAUAAACGGUUUACUCAAUUCACUUUCAUUAGUGCGUACGUAGUUGUAUUAGAAAAUUAACCUCGCGCGACACGCUAGGUUUAAUAGUAUAUAUAUUGAAACUUGUUAAAAACUAAAUUUGCAAUAUAAAUACAGUGAACCGGUCCACGAACUUAAGCACAAAGCAAUCUUCAUCUCUCUCUAUCUCUCUUCCUCCAUGGCGAGCAACUGUAAUUUAGUGAGUGUUCUAGGGCUACUUUUAGUACUGACACUGAUGCACAACCCGGUCACUGUCGCCGGACAAAGAAACUCGGGUGCCGCCUUGUUCACGUUCGGUGACUCCAACUUUGACGCUGGGAACAAACAGACUCUCACCAAAACUAACGUUGCACAGAGUUUCUGGCCGUACGGAAAAUCUCGAGAUGAUCCCAACGGCAAAUUCUCCGACGGUUUCAUCGCUCCAGACUUCUUAGCAAAAUUCAUGGGGAUUCCGAUCGAGAUCCCACCAGCACUUGUACCGAACGUCAAUGUCUCACGUGGAGCUAGUUUUGCCGUCGCUGAUGCUACUCUUCUUGGAGCUCCGGUGGAAUCUUUGACUUUGAGUCAACAAGUGAGGAAAUUCAAUCAAAUGAAAGCAAACUGGAAUGAUGACUUCAUCAAAAAGUCCGCGUUUUUGAUAUACAUUGGUGCAAAUGAUUACUUGAAUUUCUCCAAGAACAACCCUAACGCCGAUGCAUCUGCCCAACAAGCUUUUGUAACUUCCGUGACCAACAAGUUAAAGAACGAUAUCAGCUUGCUGUAUUCAUCAGGAGCUAGUAAGUUCGUGAUCCAAACCCUAGCACCAUUGGGUUGCUUACCAAUCGUCAGACAAGAAUACAACACCGGGAUGGAAAAAUGCCAUGAACCUCUCAACGAUUUGGCUAAACAACAUAAUGAGAAAAUCGGACCGAUGUUGAACGAAAUGGCUAGAACCACUCCUGGUUUCCAGUUCACCGUCUUCGAUUUCUAUGAUGCCAUUAUUCGUAGGACGCAGAAACCCUCAAGCUACCGGUUUUUCAUGACGAACUCAUCGUGCUGCGGAAUUGGGACACACGAUGCUUAUGGUUGCGGUCUACCUAACGUGCAUGUGAGGCUAUGCGAGUACCAACGAUCUUACUUAUUCUUUGAUGGGCGUCACAAUACCGAGAAGGCACAAGAGAUGUUUGCUCAUCUUCUUAUUGGAGCCGACAAAAAUGUGAUCCAGCCAAUGAACGUCCGUGAGCUCGUAGUUUACCCAGUCGAUGAACCUAUGACUGAGGUUUGGGUGCCUACAACGUCAGCCACUGUCCAGGCCAGGGAGUCUAGGUCAUCUAGCCAUGGUUACGAGUCCUACUGAGUCAGUGCAAAUCAAAAUCUUGUGGUCAAUCUGGUUUUCACAAGGGCCACGAGUUAAUUUAUAUCCGUAUCACAAUCAUAUAAUGAUGUUUUAGUUUGCGAUGUUUUCAUUUCAUCUAUAAUAAAAGAUUGAUCUUUGCAAUUCAUAUUCUGUAUUGGAUUGAUUCGAAAGUCUAUCACGGUUUCAGCU